GAUUUUGGUGCGAAGAUCCGUCUCUUGAGAAGAUUUUCAGUGGGGGAACAACAGUUUCUUGUCUUGUCUUCAUACACUAUUCAGCAAUAAUGUGGUCCCAAUUUUGGCUGUGUCUGCGCUCGCGAGCUCCCUCCUCGUUCAAGGCGCAGCAAUCUCUGAGCGUUACGAAGAUGACCACCUAGAGAAGCGAUGGUACCCUAUCAGACCAAAAGUCAUGAUUGUCUCGAUGUUCGGCCCCGAGUCCAUCUGGUCUGAGCCUCUCCAACUUGACCAGAAUGUCACCGUCACUGGACUUUCUCCUCUUUAUCCCGAAGUGCACUGCGAUUCCAACGGUACGAUCUGUCAAUUCGUGACUGGUGAAGCAGAGAUCAAUGCUGCAUGCUCAAUGACUGCUCUGCUCCUAUCCCACAAGUUCGACUUCAGAAAAACCUACUUCAUGAUCGCCGGUAUCGCCGGUAUCAAUCCAUUUGAGGGAACCCUCGGUUCCGUUGGUCUGGCCCAAUUUGCUGUCCAAGUGGCCUUGGCCUAUGAGCUCGAUGCUAGGCAGAUUCCCAGCAACUGGACUACUGGCUAUUGGCUCCAGGGCACCAACCAGCCUGGAGACCCACCCAACCCUGACGAUAUCUACGGAACUGAGGUCUUCGAGCUCAACACCAAUCUCCGUCAAAAGGCUUUCGAGUUCACCAAGGGUGUCGAGCUGAACGACACUGCCUCGGCCGCUGCUUACCGCGCUCGAUUCAACUACGCUCCCGCCAACCAGCCUCCUUCCGUCUUCUUCGGCGACGUCGCUACUUCUGACGUUUACUUUGCCGGAUCGGACCUCGCCGAAGCAUUCGGCAACAUCACCCUCCAGUGGACCAACAACACUGGACACUACGCACUCACUGCUCAGGAGGACAAUGCUUCGUUCGAGGCCAUGGUCCGGGCUGACAGAGCUGGUCUUAUGGACUUCUCUCGAGUCAUCUUGAUGCGAACAGCAUCAGACUUUGACCGAGCUCCUCCAAACUUGACCGAGCUGUACGCCUUCGAGUACAACCAAGGCGGGUUCCCUCCCUCCAUUGCGAACAUUCUCAUCGCUGGCCAACCCAUCGUCGAGGGUAUCAUCGCCAAUUGGGACAGCGAGUUUGAGCAAGGUAUUGCCCCUCAAGCCAACUGGUCUUACAAUGCCGAUGACCUCCACACUCUUGCUCAGAAGAAGAUGGCAGCUACCAGGCGUAGAAUGACCACCGUCCCUCUCUACUAGACUGCAUAGCCACAAGCCAUCGAGCAAGCGUGUUCCCGGGAUCUUGCCAAAUUUCAUCUAUAAUGACAUCUAUCCAGAAAAAUGCAUCUCAUAUCCC